UUUCUUCUGAAUAUUCAAGAGUUGACCUUGUUGAAAUUAAGAAGAAAACAUAUCCGGCACUGAAGAGUCUCAGGCUGAAUUAGAAAUGGAUUAUGAUCCAUUGGAUGAGGUAAAGGCUAUUGAUGAUACAAAGGCUGGUGUUAAGGGACUUGUCGAUUCUGGAAUAGUCGAGAUUCCAAGAAUUUUCAUAAGGCCACCUCAUGAACUUGCUGAAGAGUUAAAUAUGUGCAAGUCAACUCUACAGGUUCCAGUGGUGGAUCUAAGUGGCAUACAAGUUGAAAAUGGGCGUAAGAAGAUUGUUGAUGAAAUAAGGGCAGCAUCUGAGAAAUGGGGAUUUUUCCAACUGAUAAAUCAUGGGAUUCCUUCAAGUGUUUUGGAAGGAAUGAUUGAUGGGACUCGUAAAUUUCAUGAACAAGAUGUUGAAGUGAAGAAAGAGUACUAUUCGUCUGAUCCAACAGCCAGACGAGUUAGAUAUGAUAGCAAUCUUCAGAUGUACAAAACAAAAGGAAAGACUGCAAACUGGAAGGAUUCAUUAUACAUCUCUGGGCUAGUUUCUGGUCACAUUGAACCAGAAGAAAUUCCAGAAGUUUGCAGGAAAACAUCUCUUGAGUACAUAAAUCAUGCCAUAAAAUUAGAAGACAUUCUUCUUGGCUUACUAUCAGAAGCUCUCGGGCUAAAGUCAAACCACUUGAAAGCCACCGAAUGUGACAAAGGACAAAUGUUGGCAUGUCAUUAUUACCCGGCAUGCCCACAGCCAGAGCUAACUCUUGGUACUGGUAAACAUACAGAUCCUGUUUUCCUUACAAUUCUGCUUCAAGAUCAAAGUGGUGGGCUCCAAGUCAUGUGUGAUAACCAAUGGACCGAUGUUACACCGAUUGAAUAUGGUUUGGUUGUUAAUAUUGGUGAUCUCCUUCAGAUCGUAUCAAAUGACAAGUUUGUAAGUGCAAUUCAUAGAGUUGUAGCAACUAAGGUAGGACCAAGGAUUUCUGUGGCAUGCUUUUUCAGUUCGGUAUCUCCAAAGAUGUUUAGUCCAAUCAAAGAGCUCAUAUCGGAAGAAAAGCCCCCACUAUAUAAAGACUUUCUAGUAGCUGAUUAUCUCGCUAAAUUUUUCUCCAAACCUCUUGAUAAGACUGGUCUUGAUCUUUUCAGACUGUGAAUAGAGACCGAACACAACCAUCAUAAAAGACUAUCAUCAUUCAGUUGUCGAUCAAAAUUUGUGAUUCGUACUACAAUAAUGAUGUCUAACAAUGUCUUUCAUAUUCUGUUGUUUAAUAUUAAAUAACUUUCUACGGAAAUAAUUCAUAGUUUAGUGAUCAUCUCAAAUUCGAGGACUUUUGUAAUUUAGCUUCAAGUAGUUGCGCAAUUAUGGGCUAAUUGAAUUA